AUCGAUACGUCAAAAACAUGUGUAGAGAACUGUCAAGAAGUGGGGUAAUGUUGACAAAACUUUUUCGAGUUUUAUUAUGAAUGAAACGCCUAAGCAUGUGACGAAUUUAUACAGGUCUUCUUUUAUUUGCAGCAAAUGUAGCUGACACGGAGGAAAUAAUUUCACCAGUGGAACAAAAAUGUGAGGUGCAACAUGAUCUUUGUUGGUUCUUUCCAGCAGGUGUCAUGUGAUUUAUAAUUGUGCCUGGAUUUAUAUUGGAUUUAGCUGUGAACUGGGAAAAAUGUCGGCAAUGAAGUGUGGAUCAUUAUACAGAAAGUAAUGAAAAUGAGGGAGAUUUAAGGAUUUAAUAGAAAAACAGGUGUGCAAAAGGCAAGGAAUAUGUCGGCACUGGAAAAGAACACUCUAAAGUGUCUUAACUCUGCUUUACCAGAAGGAUGGGAGGCCAAACUGGUUUCAGAUGAGGGCAGAAUCUACUAUCUUGAUCACAAGACACAGUCAUCGUCAUGGUUACCUCCAAGAGAGAACUGGGAUCCAGGGAGCAUGGGACUUCCUUACGGUUGGGAAGGGGCUAAUGACAGGAACAAGAAGCCAUAUUUUAUAAACCAUGUUGAAAAUUUCACAAGUCGAGAUGACCCCAGAGACGAUCCAGAUUAUAUUGAACCACCAAAACCUCGUGAAGUAGAGCUUGUACGAGACUCCCAGAAGGGGUUCGGGUUUGUUGCUGGAAGUGAAAAGCCAGUUGUUGUUCGAUUUGUAACUGAAGGAGGUCCAAGUGUUGACAAAUUACUACCUGGAGAUCAGAUCAUCAAAAUAAAUGGUCAAGAUGUGAAGAAAGCUCCUAGAGAAUUUGUUAUUGAUUUAGUCAGGUCCUGCAAGCAGUCAAUUACUCUCUCCGUGUGCCAACCUUAUAAUGAUAAUUCAUCCAGGAAAUCUGCUCUGCUGACUGCAGCAAAGAAAGAUCGGUUAAAAAAGAAUCCAUCGAGAGUGAGGUUUGCCGAGGAAAUUAUCGUAAAUGGUGCUUCUGUACCAUCUAAUUCUCCAGAAGAGAGUUAUGUCCCUUUUAUGCCAAAUGUGCUCAAAGUGUUCUUAGAAAAUGGCCAAACCAAGUCUUUCAAAUACGACAACAAAACGACAGUCAAGGAUGUUGUGAAUUCAUUACAAGAGAAACUGAAUAUCAAAUGUAUCCAUCAUUUUAAUCUUGUGCUACACAACAUGAAAUCUCACAUGCCGGGACAUAUGACACUGCUACAGGAUCAUGAAACGGUCUCUGAGAUUGCAAGUCGUCCAGGGUCGAGACAUUUCCGAUGUCUCUUUCGUGUGGCAUAUGUUCCAAAAGAUUCCUAUGAUUUGCUAAAGCAGGAUCCAAUAGCAUUUGAAUACUUCUAUAUGCAAUGCGUAAAUGAUGUGCUACAGGACAGGUUUGCAUCAGAACUGAAGACUGAUACAUUACUACGACUUGCUGCAUUACAUAUACAACAACACGCAAUGAGUAACAAUAUGACUGGGAAAAUAAAUAUCAAAACUGUAGAGAAAGAAUUUGGUUUUGAAAAGUUUGUAUCCCAAAGUAUACGUGAGAACAUGAAGGUGAAGGACUUACGGAAAAUCCUUGCACAGUGUCUGAAGAUGAACCAAAAUCUGACGGCACCCGGUCAAAAACAACUCACAGCACUACAAGCAAAACUGCACUACAUGAAAAUUGUUAGCGAGCUCAAGACCUUCGGUAGCAGAGUAUUCAUGGUUACAUUAUUGGACAAGAAAACUGAAGCAAUGGUAUUGGUUGGUCCUAAGUCAGGAGUCAGUCUAGUCACUAAUAUCAGAUUCUAUACGGGUUUACAUUCAGAAUCUGAGUUGUCAAUGUUGGCAGAUUUCAGUGAGAUACAGUGUAUAAAGGUGGCCAAAGAUAAAGACAACAUGCACAGGGUAGAGUUAUCUGUCAAGGGAGAUGAACCUGGGCUUACAGAAGUAUUGAAGAAUCUAAUUCAGAACAAUAAUAAUGAUAAACAGAAGACGUUAAACCUUGGAUUAUUGAAAGACGAUGCCAUGAAUUUUGUGAGUAUGGUGAAUGGAUACUACAAGAUAUUUGUAGACCCGAAUGGUAGCCUGGUGCAGAAAAAUGCUGGGGGACAGAGUAACGAUCCAGACAUUCCUCCAUAUGAAAGUAAACAUACAGUGUUUGCAGCACCUUGGAGUUACCCGGAGGAUAUUGUUUCCAUGACAAUAGAUGAUGGAGACAAUCAGGGGGAAGAGGGAGAGAAUGAACGUGUUGUGGAUUUAUCCAGAGGUCCACCUGCAUAUGAAGGGAACAAAGAAUUUAUUAGCAAAUUGAAGCAGGAUCUUGGCAUCAAGUCUGAGCAAAAAGCAAAAGAAGCUGAUACCAGUGAUGACAUUAAACAAAAGACAACUCCUCCUGACAAGAAGCAAACAAACAAAGUAGUUUCCCCUGUAAAGGAACCAAUGAAAACUGUGAUAAAAAUAGAAUCUCCAAGACCUUCUGAGGCUGUACAUAGACCAGAUAAAAAAGACUCUGAAUCAAUAUCUAGUGAUACCUCAAGUAGUAUGACCUCUGACACUGACUCUUCACCUGUGGAGUCCAAACGUAAACCUGCAUACAUACCGCAAGAUAGGAGUCGACAGAGACCGGCUGCAGAUGAAGAAACAGAAAUUGCAAAUUCUGAGAGGUUUAAGAUAGAUUCCCAGAAAAUGAAUGGCCAGUAUUCUAGAAACUAUAACCCUGAAUAUGUUGAGUACAUGAAUACUGGUAAAAAUAGAAAACUUGAUAUAGGCGGGAAUAGUUCUGAUACAGAUAGUGGGGUUGGCGGUGAGGGAGAUAGGACUUUGUCUAGUGUACAGGACAGUAUACAGGGACAGGGGAGGAGCAAUGGGAAGGAGGAGGAGCCUGAUGAUUGGGACACACCCCCUGGCACACCCACAGAUGUCUUGCAGCCAGGUAGUAGACUAGAACUUGCCCGAAACACUGAGCUUCAGUUAGAUCUCAGCAGCCUGAUAGAUCCGUCCUAUAACUCUGCAACUGCGCCUGAAUCUCCUAGCUCUUCUGCUUCUCUUCCUGAUGUGGAUAGUAGUUUUGUUGGUCCGUUUGACCCAGACCAGUUGCCAUUGGAGAUACAGAAUGCUGUUUAUGACCCCAGAAUGUUUGCCAAACAUGAGAUAUAUUUAGACCCAGAUAUUAUAGAUUUAACAUUACUACCUCCAUUCCCUCCAACGGAAGAAGAACUGUCAUCUAGUCAGCAACAAAAUAGUCAUCCCCGUCUACUGAGAAUGGCAACAGUGUCGGGUGAUGUCUCUCCUGGGGCUUCUAGCCUACAGAGAUAUCCAAGGUCACCAGUUCAGAAAUCAGUCAGUGUUGGUUAUUGUCCCGAUUUCCUUGAUAAUGACAUUGAUGCUAUUAUAGAUAAACUUACUGUGCAACCACCACCCACUGCAGAGUCCAAAGAAAGUCAGGAACCAGCUGAUCCUGAUAAGCUGGGAAACAGCUGGAAUGGACCAAUUAGAGAAGAGGAGAAUGGAGGGAUGGAUUUUGAAAAUGUAGCAUUGAGUAAGACAAUAGAUCUAGGUUCCUUAGCAUUAGAAGAACAGUAUUCAUCUCUGGUAAUACCUCCGCCACCUGUUGAAUCAUUCGCUGUGCAAGAUAUUCUUAUUGUGCCUCCUGUGGAAUCAGUUAAAGAAAAGAGAAAAAUGUUUGAAAAGUCUGAUUCAAAAGGAUACUUGCAAUCCUUUGGAAAACAAACUGUUACUGAAGGUGCAUUGACUUCAGCUGUAACAGUGGAUAAGAAAGGUGCAUCGGUUUCUAAGGAGGAUAAAAAUAAUGCCAUUUCAAAUGAUGAUGAAGUGAAUGUAGAUACAAACUCAACACAGAAUGAUUCCUCUCCGGCAUCAGUAUCAGAAAAACUAAAUGCUUUACUGAAAUCAUUGUCUUCCUGUAAUGAAGAAGAGGAAGAAGCUCUUGGACAUUUUCGACGAACGUCCUCAUUACGACUUGGUAGAAGUUCAUCUAUGGAUGUGCUAAAUACUGUACAGAAUAUGGAAACAAAUAAAAACAGUGAUUUGGUAAUAGGCUCGGUAAGAGUCAAACCUAAACUUAGACCUAAACUUAGUAUAGAAAGGCCAGCUCAGAGGGGACAUGUGCCGAUACCUCUAAAAACAGCAUCUUUAGAAAGGGUUGAAAGUACUAAAACUGAGGAGUGUGUGAGUAACUCCAACUUUGAUAAUACAAAUAAUUUGAAAUUCCAAAGAACACAUUCCUGUGAUGUUUUGCCCACAAAUAAGAAUGACAAAUCCUUGAGUGAUGGUGAAAAUUCAGUAAGUGAAAGCUUUGCUUCGCUGAAAGCAAAACUUCAGUCAUAUAGGGAUAGUUUAUUAAACAGAAGCCUCAGACGGAAAAAGAAAAUGACAGCAAAUAAUGAAGAUGCAGACAGAGUAUCUCUAGAUGGGGAUCUUGGAGAACGAAAAAGCCCUUUGACUCGUUCAAAUUCAUUCUCAUCACUAAUUAGAAGGUCAUUAGGGCGUGCCGCUGGUCGUGAGUUUCAGAAAGCAGCUGAAGGUAGAUCAUCGUCUGCUACACGUGCUGGCAGUUCCAGUGGGUCAGAUGAUAAGACAGACAGUAAAGAUAGUCAUGUGAUGAAGGAUAAAAAGUACUGGAACACCUUAACGACACCAAGGUCAAAUUUUCGACCAAAUACGGGUACUUCCCAAGCUCAGGAUGAUUUCUUUCUUGAUCUAUCAGAAGAGAUGAGAUACACUUUCCCACUUAAAGUCAAGGAGAGUUUCGCACCUAAGCCCCCGCUUCCAUCAACUGUGUCAUCCACAGACAAGGGGGAGACCAAAAAGCAAAAGUCUGGACCAAUAAAGGCAUUGUCUAGUGUGUUUGAUGCUCCUAAAACUGAAGAAACAAAUAGUUUGUCAGUUCCUUCUUCCCAUAAAAGAGAAAAAUCUCCAAAACGUAUGGCUCCACAAGCUCCGACGCCGUCAGUACAAACCUCUGUGGCAACUUCCAUGACAUCAUCAUCUGUGACAUCAUCAAAGAUAUCAACAAGGUCAAAUGUGCAGACUCUUGCUUCAGGCUUGACCAAACCAUUGACCAUUCCAACAGCACCACCAAGACGUAAAAAUGGGCAAGGGGAGAGAACAAAAUCACCAGUAUUGGAACAAAAGAGUAAAGAUGACUCAGAAAUAAACACAGAGUCUUCAUCAAAAUCAAAUGUUAAAACAAGCCCUUUUGCAACUGUUGGGAAAAUGUGGCGGCCAAUGUCCAUGACAUCAAGUGCUUCUACUAAUCAAGAUGAAACUUACCAGUCAUACAAUAAUUUUGAUGUUUUGAGAGACAUGACAAGUGAACGUUUGCAGACUCCUGUUAAUGCAAAAGUUUCAAAGGUAAACGGUCAUGUGAUUGGAAAAGGCAUUCCAGCAUCAUCUUCGUCAUCAACAGCUAAAGGAAAGCCUUCUACUAUUACCAAAGAUGGAAAAACAGUUUCAGAAAAGAGUUUUGCAUUGUUGAGAGAAAAAGUUAGUGCCAAUCAUUCGAAUAUGGUGAAACAGGUUCUGGACACUGUAUAUACCUCGGAAGAUUUCGUCCAAGCCACAAAUGAUGUGGACAGAUUACUGAAUGAAUUAAAACAAACAAUGGAAUCUCUGAAAUCGUCUCGGAUUGAUAGGAAACCGUUACAAUUCAAUAUGUGUAAAGAUGAAUUGCAGACUCAGGUACGACAGUUUGUCACCGAUGCUAAGUUACUUGUUAGUAAUGCUACCCAGACAAAGGCUAAAUUAGCAGUAAAUAUGGAUUCCAGUAUGCAUUCGUUGGCAAAGAUCUUUCUUCAUGGCCAGGCUACAAUGUUCAUGAUGGAAGCAAUACACCAAGCACAGCACUUGGGGUCAGAGGUUAUACGAGUGGCUAACGCAUACAAGAGCACUUUAAAUGCUGCACAUGCAGCUGUGGGAAAGCCACUUGCUGAUCCACACAUGAAAUAUUUAAUGAGACAGGCAACAAACCUCGCUUCUCUGUUGAGUACUUUGUUAAAAAGUUUGAAAACUCUUGAACAAAAGUAAUAUGUAGUGGAAGUGUUUAUGAUUAUACAAAAAAGAGAAUAGUUUAUUUUGUAAUGGUCAGUGUAACUAUAGAAACAACGAAAUAUUAAAAAGGAGCAGAGUCUUAAAAGUAGCUUAAGUAUUUGAUGAUUUCAUUAUGUUAAGGAAGAUAAGUUGUUCUUCCUCAAGCGUUUCAUUGUUUUAUCAUUUAGUUUUCAAAUUGAUAUCUAAAUCGAGAGCUUGUAACUCCAAUUUAUUUGAAAAUUUCGGGGUACCUUUUUAGCAAAAUUUUUGAUCAUUUUGCUCGCAAUAGAUCUGCUCAAAUUAUUAUUAUUAUUCAUUUGUACAUAGCCUUUAUAAGCCAUUUUAUACAAUGUAAUAUUUAGAUGCCAGUAAGUGUUUGUAUCACCAUAUGUAAAAAAUAUUGUAAUUGCAAAAGGAAGUAAAAGAAAAAGUAAAUGAGAAGAUACACUAGCUGUAAAAGGAAAACGGUGGCCCACGAAAUAAGACAGUAUUGAUUAGAGAAAAUAA